AUGGCAGCCGCAGCACGACGUGUUAAGUGUGGGGUCUGCCUGCAGGAACACGGAACACAUGCAGGACUUUUCAAAACAGACGCUCGAAAACGGUUCUAUUACAAGCUCAUGGAGUCUGCCAUCAACCACAUCAUAUACAGCCUUGAAGGGCAGCUGUGGGAGGAGAUCUGUGCUGGCGUAAUCGAGUUGAAUGACUUUCUAGCUCUGUUAGUUCCUUAUGUCGCCACGGCUCGGAAUUCUCUGACAAAGCAUCCUAGUUUGGCGCGUUUUCUAGCACUUCAAGACGGGUUUCAGCACAAUUUAGCUUCUAGAUUGCUUUGCGUGUACCGAUAUACAAAAGUGGACAAUAUUCAGGGCGAAAAAUAUAUGGAAACAAUCUUAAUGACCAACAGAUUGCUUCAAGGAUUGCUCCUACUCCAUCCAGAUUCACGUCUGGUGUUCUCCAGCGCUUCAAAUAUGCAGUGUGUGCUUCAGUUUGUCGGUAGGAAAGACCUUCCGCUGGGGUUGAUGGUACUGUUCGUGUCUACACUCAUCCAUAUUCUUCUCAAGAAUUCCAAGAAUAUGCGCCAGUUCGAGCAAUUGAACGGCUGUACUGCCGUCAUUCAGCACCUAGCACUCCUGUCGCUCACCGAGGCACCCCAAGAACACCUGCAGCAGCAGGAACUCAACUUCAAAAUCAUCGAAUUUCUUUUGUUCUAUUUCAUCGACGAGUCUCCUCUCCCGCCACCCCGCCUAUCCACCGCGCAAAAAAUUGAGCUUUUCCGACCGGGGUUUUCCCACAUUGACGUCCUCGUUCGAAAUUUGGACGAUCUUCGUGCUGUUUGA